ACUGUCCUUGUACUUAAAUGUUAAUUACUACUAUAGAUUAAAUAGAUAUUUAUUGAAUAGCUUUUACAAAUAAAUAUAUGAUAAGUUUAAAGUCAAUUUAAUGAUUUUGUUUUAAAAGUUAUUAAAUCUUUUUAACUAAUUAAAUAAAAGUUAAAUGACAGAGAUAACCCAGAAAUAAUAAUUAGUGUUGAUAAAGAAUUUAAAAAACUGAUGGGUUAAUUAUAUAGAAAAAAAAACUUUUUUUUAUCAGUAAAGUGACGAUAAAGAAAAAAAUUGUUUUUAAAUAACUAAUGUAAUGAUACAGUACAAUGGUAUUAAUUACUAAAUAAGUAAAAAAAAAAUACAUUAUUAUUGAAAGACAAAGAAUUUUUUUGCACUCAAUGCAAUAGAAAAUAUUUUUCAUAAUAAAAAUUAAAAAUAUUUGCAUUUACAGUUUUUAAAAAAGACUGUUAUAAAAAAAUGAUUUUUUUUAAGAGGGGAGACGGAUCUGAGAUGCAAAAAAAAGAGCAUAUUUUUGUGAUUUUUUUUUUUUUUUUUUUUUUUUCAGAGUACUUUCGUUAUUAAAAUUCUUAAAAUUUGUGACAUUAUUAAGGAUCGUUCAAAGAAUAUUCUGCUAAAUUUUCAUAAAAAAAUAUUAAAAAAUAAGCCAGUGGUAGUGGAGAUAACCGAGUCACCUCAAAAAAAAGUCUCCUUGCCGUAGGCAGGAUAACUCAUGACUGCCUCAUCUGAAAUCAAAAAACUAAAAAGACUUUUUUAGUUCAUAAGUUUAUCUUGGAUUUGAACGAAGGAAUAAACAAUCUAUUCAUUUUUGAAUUUUUGGUAAAGGUGCGAUCAAAAAAUUCUGAUUUUUACCAAAAAUUGCUCCUUUCCUUUAAUUAAAAAGUGAGUAGUUAUUGAAAAAAAAAAUCCUUCGUUCAAAUCUAAGAUCAACUUAUGUACUAAAGAAAUCUUUUUGGUUUUUUGAUUUCAGAUGAGACAGGCAUGAAUUAUCCUGCCUACAGCAUGGAGACUUAUUUUUUGAGGUGACUUGGUUCUCUCCACUACCACUGGCUUAUUUUUCAAUAUUUUUUUAUGAAAAUUUAGCAGAAUAUUCUUGGAAUGAUGCUUAAUAAUGUCACAAAUUUUUUAAAUUUUAAUAACGAAGGUACUCUGAAAAAAAAAUCACAUAAAUAUCCUCUUUUUUUUUGUAUCUCAGACCCCUUUCCCCCCUUAACUGACUGUAAAUUUAAAUUAUUAAAAAAAAAUACCGAGAAUAUUUAUCCAAGUAUUAAAGAAAAUUUAUAUGUAAAUAAAUUUAAAUCCUCAUUAAAAAGUCACUAAGACAUUUAACUUAUUCUAUUAAUUAAUUUUGAAAACAGUAAUCGAUAUUAGAAAGUUUAAAUUAUUUUCUAUUUAGUUUCUACCGACAAAAACAUACAAGAAAUGAAUGCUUGAAUAUUUUUUGAAACAAAUUAAUUGAUCAAUAAAUUAAAAAUAAUAUUAACAAGGACUUGUUAAAAAUUUAAAAUAAUAUUUGAGAAAAUAGACUGACUAGUUAAAAUAAACUAGUGAUUCAAGAUGACCGCCACAAUUCAGGUGGGAUUAUUGAUCCUCAAAAGAGUAAAGCAUUAAUGCUGAUUCGCGUGAACUUAUGUUUUGUAUGUUGAACAAUAUACAUCGUAUACGUCAUUAUUUUAUUAAACUAUGUACUAUCUAAGCCAACGUUUUAUAUAAAUGUUAAUUAACAUCACAUAUGUUGUAAUUUUUUAAAAAAUAAUAUUAAAUAACUUUUUGAUACGAAAAUUCAUAAAUUCAUUAAUUUUAAAUAUUCGCCAUCUGUGAUAGUGAUACAUUUGAACAAAAAAAAACAAAUAAACCCGGAAAUAAGUACAUAUGUUUACAACUGAUAACACCAAUUGAUAAAAAAUAUUAAGUAUUUUAAUUAUUAAUGUAUCAGUAUUUAUGACUAUCGUAUUGAAAGUAUUAUUUUAUUAUAAAAUAGAAAAAAAAAUAUAUAUAAUAUAACAUAACAAUGAGCGGUAGUUUUAAAUAAAGUUUAACGACCAGCUUAAAUGUUAAGUAUGAAAACUGAAAGUUAAAAUAUGGAACGAAAAAAAAUUAAAUAAUAGUUUAUUUAUAAAUAUUAUUAUUUAAUUUAAUUAGUAUAAGUAACGAAAAUUUUAAAUAAAUUAUAAAAUGUCAUUACCAAGCUUAUUAAAAAAAGCAAGUAGUUAUAUUUUGGGUGACAGUAGUUCGAAUCCACCGGGUAUAAUUUAUCAAGAUGGUGAGGCAUUAUUUUGUAAAAAUAAUGUUUGUGUUCAUCCAACAAGUUUGAUGAGACAACAUUGCGAAGUUAUUCAUCAUCCUGGUUAUAUGACUGUUGUAUGUAAAUUAGAUAAAAAUACAAAUAUACCAAGUCUACAAUUAAGUUGGAUACCAAAUAGUACUCUCUGUAAACAUCCAACAACUUUAGAAAAUACAAUAAUAUCAAGAAAAGAAUUAUCUGUUUCAAAUGAAACUCAGUCAUUAACAAAAAUAAAUGACGAAGACAAUUCAAUUAGUUCUGAUAAAAUAGACGUUUGCAUUGAAGUCAAAGAACCAUUGGAUUGUAAAGACUGCGAACGAAUAUGUUCUGGGGGAUUUAAUAAUGAAUCGUCAAAUGUAACAAAUAUAAAAAAUAGUAAUAAAGAAUCAUGUGAAAAAUCAGAUGAACUUUGCGAAAAAUUAAAUUUAUCAACGAUUAUUAAAGAAAGUAUAUCGGCAUUGACUGAAGAGCCGCGUAGUAUUAAUUUAAAUAAUUUAAGAUCCCGAUCAAUUGAUCAAGAGUCUAUUGAUAAUAUUACUAGUGGAAUUGAGCCAAAGAGUAUUAGUAGUAUUUCACUUAAUUCAUGUUGUAGUUUAUCUAAUUCACUUGAUAAUCAGGAUGUUCCUAAUUGGAUGCGAACACCAGAGCUUCUUGCUCUUCAACAUAACUUGACAUUUCCUGAAAGUACAACAGCAUCACCUAUUGCGAUGAGACGAGCACUGCAGUGUCGUAGAUUUUCAGUCGAUCUUAGUCAAAUGCGAUCUCUAAGACUUUUUUUUUCUGAUUCUGCAUGUACAAGUGGACAAUUAGUUGUAGCUAGUCGAGAAAGUCAAUAUAAAAUUCUUCAUUUUCAUCAUGGAGGUCUAGAUAGACUUGCUAAUAUUCUUCAUCAAUGGCAUCAGCUUAUAUUUUCAAAGCCCGAUCAAACGAGCGAUUGUGAAGGAACUUUACCGUACCGACAUUUUAUGGUAUGUCGACCGGAAAUAGCUCGAGAUGAAUUACAUCCAGAAGAAGGUCAUGUACCAAUGAUAACUUCAUUAACUUGGAAGGAUUUAUUAAAUGAACGUGGACAAGUUGAAGAUGAUUUAACUUUACGUAAAGGAAUAUUUUUUGGUGGGUUAGAACCAGCUUUGAGAAAAAUAGUAUGGCCUUUUUUACUUCACUGUUAUUCUUAUCAAAGUACAUUUGAUGAUCGUGAACAAAUUGAUGAAAUACGCAGACAAGAGUAUCAAGAAAUUGAAAAAAUACGUUGCAGUAUGAAUCCAGAACAGUCUGAAUUAUUUUGGAGAAAUGUUGUUUGUAUUGUUGAAAAAGAUGUUGUUCGUACUGAUCGCGCAAAUCCUUAUUAUGCUGGUGAAAAUAAUCCAAAUAUACAAAUAAUGAAAAAUAUUUUACUUAAUUAUGCCGUCUACAAUGCUCAACUUGGAUACACUCAAGGGAUGUCUGAUUUAUUGGCGCCAUUGCUUGCUGAAUUGAAUUCUGAAAUAGAUGCUUUCUGGUGUUUUGCUGGGCUUAUGCAACGAUCUGUUGCUGUUUGUACUCCUACUGAUACGGAUAUGGAUAAAAAUUUAUGUUACCUCCGUGAAUUAAUCAGGAUAAUAGUACCUGAUUUUUAUGCACUUCUGGAAAAACAUACAGACGCACUUGAACUUUUAUUUUGUCAUCGUUGGAUUCUAUUGUGCCUAAAGAGAGAAUUCCCGACAGAGAUGGCUCUAGUAAUGUGGGAAGCAUGCUGGGUUAAUUAUUUAACAGAUUACUUUCACUUAUUUCUAUGUCUUGCAAUAAUUUGCAUCUAUGCUGACGACGUGAUAGCUCAAGAUUUACGAACUGACGAAAUGCUAUUACAUUUUAGUUCCCUUGCAAUGUAUAUGGAUGGUAAUGUUAUAUUACGAAAAGCACGAGGAUUGCUGUAUCAAUUUCGACAACUUGAUCGGUUGCCAUGCACUUUAGCUGGUCUUUGUCGUCAAUGUGGACCGGGUAUGUGGGACAGCAGUCAUGAUCCGGUUAUUGAAUGUGUCGAACAUGAAGAAUCUGUGUGUCCUUAUAUCGAAAAUUAUCAAAAUGCUAAAUAUUAAAUUUUAUUAUUCAUCACUAUUUUAUCAGCCAUAUAAACUAACACAUAUCCAUAUCCAUAUUAAUACAGAUAACACGAACGCACCAUAAAUUUAUUUGAUAAUAUUAUUGUUAAGGCUAAAUUUUGAAUAUAUAUACGAUAUUAUAAAAAAAAAAAAUGAUAUUUAAAAAGAUUAAAUAAU